AUGACAAGUACAAGUAUCACGAACACUGGGAAUGCGGGCAUGAACCUUCCACAGAUGCGGUCCAUUUGGUUGGAUGAAGACGAAGAAGCAGAAAAGUUGUAUGGUCUGCAAGCACAGCAAUUCAUGGGAUCUGAUGAUGAGGAAAACUUAGGCAUCACUUUCAUCAACAGUGAUAAGCCCGUACUGAGCAAUAAGAAUAACAUCGAACUACCUCCACUUCUGCCAAACUCACACCCAUCUAGUUGCCACAGAAGUAACUCGAGUUCCACAAUGUCUAAGGAACUUCCAGUUUCGAGUGCGAACAAGACCAAACAUAAGAAAGGUUUUUUCAAGCUCAGUCUGUUGAAGAAAAGAUUUCUUGGUGCGCAAUUGGAUAUAAGAGGUAAAGGUAUCUCUACUCCGUUCGAUUUUCAACAUAUUUCUCACGCUGACACUAAAAAUGGGUUCGAAGGUGAGCAGCUGCAGGAACCAUUGUCACUGCCCACAAAUACUGAGGACGACUCUGCUACCUCAUUGGGCAAGUUGGAUUCGAGGUCGCUAAAUAAGGCCUUUGUCACUGAACGGAUUCCGACGAAUCGAGAAAGCAAACUUAUUCCAAGAUCGCACGACAAAAAGACAUCAAGAUUAUCAGUUGCUCGCUCUAUUUCAGUGACUUCGUCUAAUUACUCCAAAAACACACAAGGAAACAAUCAUUCAAUUAAUGGCAGAGUUGUAUCUACUUCAACUAUGGCCACAUCUAUUUUUGAGUAUUCCCCAAUUGCAUCUCCGAAACAAUUAAAGGGUAAGCAACAUGCUCUGGGCCAUAGAUAUACCAAUUCCUCAGAUUCUAGUGAGUCUUCACUGGAUUUUUUGAAAAACUACAACUUCCCCACACUACUUGAAGAUAAGCCUAUUUUGGACUUCUUGCCUCGUUCUCAGAGGUCAAGCGCUUACCGCAGUCUUUUAGGAACUCCAAAUUCGAAUAAAGAUUCAACAAGAGUUUUUAUUCCUUCACAGCAAAGUCCAUUGCCUAAGAGAAGAAACUCUAUAGCCACGCCUUCCCCUCAAUCUAAAUUUUCGUACGCUGAAUCUCCUGCUAACUUUAGAAGGUCUUUCGACGAUGUUCUUCAUCUGAGUAACCAGCUGGAGUCCCUACAAGCUUGA